AUAAAUUCCCCUGUUGAAGACCAAACAUGUCAGGAGAAAAGACAUUUGUGACCCCCUUCCACAGACCCCACUGUUUAUCUGCGGCUGCCCCGGCGGCCAAGGCGAAGCUGACGCACCCUGGAAAAGCCAUAUUAGCGGGUGGCAUUGCUGGAGGGAUUGAGAUCUGCAUCACAUUCCCUACCGAGUAUGUGAAGACCCAGUUACAGUUGGACGAGAAGGCCAACCCGCCACGCUACAGGGGCAUUGUGGAUUGUGUAAGGCAGACAGUCCAGGGCCACGGGGUGAAAGGUCUAUACCGAGGUCUGAGUUCUCUCCUUUAUGGGUCCAUUCCCAAAGCAGCAGUCAGGUUCGGCGUGUUCGAGUUCCUUAGCAACAAGAUGAGGGAUGAAUCAGGGAAGCUGGACAGCACGCGUGGUCUGCUGUGCGGUUUGGGGGCCGGCGUUGCUGAGGCCAUCGUGGUCGUGUGUCCCAUGGAGACGAUAAAGGUCAAAUUUAUUCAUGAUCAGACCUCAGCAAACCCCAAGUAUCGAGGCUUUUUUCAUGGAGUAAGAGAAAUAGUCAGAACACAAGGGUUUAGGGGAACAUAUCAGGGACUGACCGCAACAGUACUGAAGCAAGGAUCAAACCAGGCUAUUCGUUUCUUUGUUAUGACAUCCUUGAGAAACUGGUACAAAGGUGACAACCCGAACAAAUCCCUAAACCCUUUGGUGACUGGAGUGUUUGGAGCCAUAGCAGGAGCUGCCAGUGUGUUUGGAAACACACCGCUUGAUGUGAUUAAAACUAGAAUGCAGGGCCUGGAGGCUCACAAAUAUAAGAACACUGUGGACUGUGCCAUUAAGAUCAUGAAACAUGAAGGACCAGCAGCGUUCUACAAAGGGACUAUCCCGAGGCUUGGCCGAGUCUGCAUGGACGUGGCCAUCGUGUUUGUGAUCUAUGAGGAGGUGGUGAAGGUUCUCAAUAUGGUGUGGAAGACAGAUUAAUGCAGAUGGUGCAUUGGGAUUCUGGUGCAUCCUGCUAAACAUGGCAUGACGUUCAGAACGUGAUGUGAGCAGUGAGAACCUGCUGUAGGCCAAACAUGUGCUCACAAGUGGCAAAGCAACGUGUCAUAGCCUUGUUCCUUAAUAUUAACCAAAACAGAAAGGAUUUUCCACAAAUAAUGUGAGAUACGCCAAUACUUGAAAAAUUGGUGUUGGUUUUAGUAAUGGAUUAUUUGAAAAGCCAAAUAUUUAACUUUAUUAAUGAAGAGAGAAAAAGAGGCUACAGUCGUUUUAGAAUGAAAAUACUUUCUUACUAUAGUUUUGUAUUUGUUUUACUUUUGAGAUUUUUUUUCUAAAAGGCCACUGAAAGCUCAUGCCUCUCAUUACUUUUCCAUUAUUUUCUAAUCAAUUGAUUUUGCAUCAUAUGUGAGGACACUAAAAUUCAUAGUAUGUAUAAUAUACUAGCAGUGAUAAAAAUAAUUUGUCAUCACAUGGAAGUGUAGCUCAUGUUACCACCAUGAAUCCAACAGCUUCAUAAAUGAAUGUACCAUACAAAAAUACCAACAGAGGUGGUAUUAUAUGAUAAAGCUACAGGAUACAGUUAACAUGAGCUCAUUUCCUGCUGUUGACAGACAGUGUAACUACAUACAAAUUAAAGUACACUUACUGAUUUUAAAAUGAAAAAUAAUAUGUUAUGGCAUGACCUAGCACUUUGGGUGUUUGUUGGUUUUUGCCUAAUCAAUCAUUUUCUCAGUGGGGUUACGCUUUUUGUUUGUUUAUGGUGGUGAGCUGCUUCUUAAAAUAAUCAACUUAUUUUGGGAGUUUGAUUUUGGCCUCAGUCUGAAGUACUCUGAUCCAAAGGUGCAUAAAACUUGGUAACAUUGAACCACCAAAGCCUUUAACUCUCUGGGGCAUUCUUUCCUCAGCAAAUACAUGCACUUUCCAACAUAAAUGGACAUGAUACUAAUUUAAGAUGGGUAACAAACUUACUUUUAAGUGCCUAGACCAAUGUUUACUAGUACUCGUGAUCAGUGUGUAGCAUUGUGCAUAAACCUUGGCCACCCCUUUGCCAGUGAUGCCCUCUGCACUGUGGUGGUAAUAUACCAGCAGGGUUAAUGCCUGCCUGCGUUAAUAAUGCUUAGACUCUGAGCAACAACCAAAAUGUCACACAGCAAACUGCUGACCUGCUACUUGAAUGUGCUUGAGAUCACAUUUAAUUGAUAGUGGCUUUACUAAGUUACAAAAUAUUUAUUAAUGCUAAAGAGAAUCUGUCCAAACUAUUUGACAGGAGAACCUAUUCAUGAAUCUGAAAUUGCCUGAAAUUCUAUGAUGAAGUUAUAUGCUGAAUUAUAUGCAGAAAUUGCCUUAAAUGACAUGCUGCUUUUGAUUGUUGCUUUUCAGUGCCACUUAUUUAGCUGUUCUACCUCAAGAAACCCUAAAAAUUUAUUAACUGAAAACUCAGGAUUGAGACAUUACAAUAACUCUCUGAGUACAGGACAGCUCAGCAUCUCCCUGUCAAUACCAUGCAAACCGACAUUUUUAUAAAAUACACAAAGAUCAUACAGGUCCUUAUUUAAAAUGACUCGUGGCAAUUUUGGAAAUCAAAAUGUAUAUCAAUAUCUGACAGCUGUUGUGGAAAUGAUUUGCAUUUUAAGUCAGGAAGCAGAAAGGGAUGCAGAAAUGUAGAUAUAUGUGCUAUGUUGUGCCUGAUGUGGGGAAAAUUUCUGUUCAGUGUUUGUCAAAAACAAUACUGGUGCCUGAUUAAUAUAUGAUUGUUUAUGUCCAUGCCUGAAAAAUUGCUUCUGCAAUAAUCUAAUCUAAUUAUGUAACUGCUUACUCUGUUUGUUGUGGGACAUGUGGUACCCAUCUUUAUUUGAAACAACUUUGUUCAGGGGAUUUCAUAAAUCUGCUUUUGGAUAUAUAUCUGCUUUUGGAAAUAUAACUAUUGUAAUUUUGGUCAGUUAAAGCAAAUGAAGUUAUUGAAUUACCACUGAAAAGUGAUAAUCUGUACUAUUAUUGUUAUGGUUAUGUUUGCAUUUUAGUCAACCAUGUAAAGUGCCUUUAGAUUGUUUUUAAUUUUAAAUAAAUGGUGGUGACAUGAAAUUGAA